AUGAUCUUAGAGAAAGAUGGUGCAGAUGGACAACAAUGGUUAGAUGUUAGUGGAUUAGAAGGGUUUCCUCCAAAGAUGAGACUUGUCUCUUUCAUUGGAGCUUGUGACAUGGCCAUUUUGUUUGGCAUGAGGGGUUUUAUGUGUUUGUCUCAAAAUGAUGGUCAUGGUGGUGGUGAAGAUGGAGAAGUGAUUGUUGACUUGGGAAAUCAAAAGAAUCAGCAAGAGAAGGAGUGCAAAGAAUAG